AUGGAUACUCCCCAUGGUGUGUCUGGUAAGUAAUAAGUUUUACUAUUAAUUGGAGACUAAAUAUACUAUUUCUAUAUCCGAAAUUGAUUUACAGCUACCAGCUGACACUGGGUAGCUCUGCAACAGAUAAAUAAGCAGUCUGAUAUAAGGUAUUAACCAAUUUUUGCUGUGAUUUUGCCUCUGAGUUUGUUCUCUUCUAGUGUCAUUGAGUAAUGCAAAUUGAUGCAAAUUCCCAUCCGAAAUCGCUAUAAAUAUAAUCAAAUGUAAACCUUUAUCUGUAGUAGUAGAAUAUAUUUCACAUUGUGGUACACUGUGUCAUGUUACAAUUAGUGUGUCAUACAUGUGUCUGCUACUGUUUUUACUAUUUUAAUUUUUAAUUUUAUAAUAGAUCAUAUCUCCAACCUUAUUGAAGAUUUAAAUGAUUGUACAGCAGUUGCAAAUGAGAUAUGGGUGAAACUUGUUUCCACUCACAAUGAGUGUGGUGAUAUUACCAAAUUGUUGGCCGAUUAUGUGAAACAGAACAGUAAAAGAGAGACUCUUACAACUGCUGUUGUUAAGAUGUAUGAAGCAGAGAUAACAAACUUAAAAGGGGAUGUCUGUGUGAACCAAUUAUCUGUGAACCAAAAAGCCAAAAUCAAAACUGAGAUGAGGAUACUUGAGGAUAUAUGUGACCAGAACAUUCGUGGAUGUUCAGUUUUGGAAUCUGCUGAAAGCAUCAAUCCUACACUCUUUAAGGAAAUGUUGGAAGUGUUAUCUGAAAAAUGCCCACUUGUGUAUGAAAUGCUUGAAUCCCUUGUAGUUUCUAAUCCAAGAAGUCGGAACAUUUUGAAGACAAGCACUCACAAGAUUUUAUGUGGCUUACAAACAUUAGGUUUCAUGAGUAAUAUCAGAAACUCAAAAACAAUAAAUUGCUUCCCCCUUAUGUUUGGCCUUCUUUGCAUCUCCUAUGGAGCUGGAGAAAGGUUCAUCAACAUGCUGCAAUCAAUGGGUCUUUCUCUUCACUGGAACACGAUGUAA